UUUUGAUUUACAGUACUACCAACCUGAGAAAGUACAAGCUUCAGGCUCGGCGCCUAAAAAGCAAUUAGUAGAAGCUUUUGCUGGGGUGGAAAGAGAUGCAGUGGACAUGCAAAUAAUGUUGUUCCUUUGUGCUAAUGGAAUUCCCUUUAAUGUGUUGAGAAGUCCUCAAUACUAUGAAAUGGUAGCAGCCAUCCAGAGAGCACCAAAGGGAUACAAACCUCCUGCAUAUGAGAAGGCUAGGACUACUCUUCUAGAUGCAUGUAAGAGAAAGGUGGAGAAUGAUUUGGCUCCGGUUAGACAAACAUGGUAUUCCCAUGGUGUCUCUGUUGUUUCUGACGGAUGGACAAAUAUGAAGAACCAUCCAAUGUCCUUCAGGUCAUCACUGAUAAUGCAUCUAAUUGCAGAGUUGCGGGUGAAGAAAUUGAGAAAGUGCAUAAGCAUAUAUUUUGGUCUCCAUGUGUGGUUCACACACUGAAUCUAGUAUUCAAAGAUUUUGCAAAAAAGUUUGCUUGGAUGGUUGAUACAUACCAGACUGGGAAAGCAAUUGUGAAGUUCUUUAGGAACCACCAGCACUUUCAAGAUCUCUUUAGACACAACUCCAAGUUGGAUCUUUUGAAGGUCUCAAAAACAAGAUUUGCUUCUCAUUAUAUUGUGCUUAAGAGGCUUAUGGAUGUUCGAGAGGCGCUCACAACUACCAUUGUCACAAGCAAAUGGAAGGAACUGGUGAAGGCUUGUGAUGUACAAACAAGAGCAGCAGCAAAUGCGAUUGCCCAAAAUAUCAUUGAUGAGACAUUUUGGGAUGAGAUUAAAAUCAUCCUUGACAUCACAAAACCAUUAUAUAUGGUAAUCAAGUUCAGUGACGGAGAAGGUCCAAAAUCUGGUGAUAUAUAUGAAAGAAUGGACAAUAUGCUUGGCGAGAUGCAAGAAGUCAUGACAAGGGAAGAUAACCCUCACAAAGAUGAUUGGUCGAAGGUAAAUGAAAUUAUUCUUUAUCGGUGGGGAAAGAUGAACUGGCAUUUUCAUUGCUUAGCUUUUGCUCUUUCUCCUAAGUAUUAUGAUCAAGCCUAUCUUGCAAGUCCUGCUCCUGGUGGUGGUCAAAGGAAAGCUCCAAAUGAUGACAGUGAGGUUAUAGAAGGUGUUAUAGAGGCUCUAAAUAGAAUUGCAGAAGAUAAAAAAGAGUAUGCUCUUUUACGUGAGGAGCUUAACACCUUUAUAAUGAAGAAAGGUUUGUAUGCAAUAGACGACGUUCAGGCUGAUGCAGCCACGAUGAAUGCCACAGAAUGGUGGUUCAAUUAUGGCUCACAAACUCCAACUUUAAGUGAGGUGGCAAAGAAAGUCUUGUCUCAGCCAAUAAGUAGCUCCUCUGCCGAAAGAAAUUGGAGUACCUACUCAUUCAUACAUAAUUUAAAGAGAAACAAGCUGAAUGCAACGACAGCCGAUAAGCUUGUCUUUAUUCAUGCAAACGAGUGUCUGAAGAGGAGGUUUUCAGAGGGCUACAAUUCAGGUCCACAUUAUAAGUGGGAUGUUGAGCCUGAGAAUGAUUUGCUGGAGGAUUCAAGCUUGAAGCUUGAGCAGCUGCGUUGGGAUAGCUUGGAGGAUGAAGCAGCUGAUACUGAACCACCACGCAAAAUUCAGAGGACUUGAAACACUAGGAAGUGUCCAGUACUAAAUCUGAACUCUUCAUAUAUUGAAUCCAAUCUUUACAUUCUAUGGUCACUAAUAGUUCUCUUUUAAUUGAAGGUACAUGGUGAGUUAAUCUGUUGGUGAAACUUUAUUGGUUGGAAACCUGGAAGAUGAGUCACUUGGAUGCUGCUAUUGAAGUGAUUGUGUCUGUUACCUUAGUCAAUCUGUUUUCUUGUUUGCUACUUUGGUUAAGUCAAGUAUUUUGUUAAGUACUUGUGCUGAAAUUUUAAUUAAAUAUAUCAUGUCU